GAGAGUAAGGACUUGACACUCAUUUCCUUUUCCAACUCCCCAUAAAUCAAUUAUUGUGCCUAGACUGGUUUAGUUGGGAGUGUUACUUGCUUGAAAUCCUUGAGGGGACUAAUAUGGUCUCCUGGAGGGAAAUUUGUGUGGUUAACCUUUUAUUAGUCUUUGGGUUUGUGGCAUUUUCAACGGCUGCGGUGGGUGAUGGCAAUGGUUUUCAAAAUUUCUCCUUCCCUGCCAUAUACAACUUUGGAGACUCAAAUUCAGAUACUGGGGGAAUAUCAGCAGCAAUGUGGCCGGUUAAUGCUCCUAAUGGCGAAACCUUCUUUGGGAAACCUUCAGGAAGGGCUGGCGAUGGCCGUCUAAUCAUACACUUCAUUGCUGAGAAGCUGCAGUUACCAUACUUGAGCCCCUACCUCGACUCAAUCGGGACGAAUUUCAGGCAUGGGGCAAAUUUUGCAACAGGAGGUUCUUCCAUUCGACCGGGUGGGUAUAGCCCAUUCCAUCUUGGCAUUCAAAUCUCCCAAUUCAUGCAAUUCAAAACUCGCACCACUACGCUCUACAGUCAGCUCAGCCCUAACAGAAAAGUUCCACCAUACAAAGAGAGCUUGCCAAGAUCUGAGGACUUCUCGACAGCUCUAUACACAUUUGAUAUUGGACAGAAUGAUCUUUCUUACGGGUUUCAGCACUCAACAGAAGAACAAGUUCGAGCAUCCAUCCCGAAAAUCCUUGCGCAGUUUUCCCACGCAGUGAAACAACUAUACAAGGAAGGGGCAAGAGUUUUUUGGGUGCAUAAUACAGGUCCAAUUGGAUGCUUGCCAUAUACUGCUUUAUACUACACAUCAAAGCCUGGUUAUUUGGAUCGAAUUGGGUGCGUGAAGCCUCGGAAUGAGAUUGCUCAGGAGUUCAACAGACAGCUCAAAAACAAGGUAUCCAGACUGAGGACACAACUGCUGCAGGCAGCAUUCACAUAUGUUGACAUGUAUUCAGUCAAAUAUGCAGUAAUUAGUGAUGCCAAGAAUCAAGGUUUUACUGAUCCGAUGAAUUUCUGUUGCGGUAGUUUCUACGGAUAUCACAUUAACUGUGGGAAAAAGGCCACUGUGAAUGGAACUGUUUAUGGUACUCCAUGCAAUCAUCCUUCAAGGCAUAUCAGCUGGGAUGGCAUACACUACUCUGAGGCAGCCAAUCUAUGGGUAGCAAAUCAUAUUCUGAACGGAUCAUUCUCGGAUACGCUUUUUUCCAUUGAUGAGGCUUGUCACCAUCCACAGACAUAGUCAUCCUGAUCAAAGCAUCUACUGGUUCUGUUCAACUGAUUUAUUAAGUAGCUGUAGUAUGGCAAAAAUCUUGGCCACGUUAGUGUUUUUGGCCGUUAAAAUAUCAUAUAAACAUGUUCUCUUGAAAUGUAUGUGAAGUGACAAAACUAUAUGUUUCAAGAGAAAAGGCUUUGUAGAUGGAGAUACGGGUUUUUAAUCCCUAAAUGCAGCAGAUUAUGAUGUUCA